AUGAGUGAACGACUACGAAGAUUGAAUAAGCUAAGCAGAAUUUCGAAAAAAAAUGACAGUAGAGAGGAAGGUAGGAUCAGGAACUCUGGUUUGGAAAAUAGAAAUGGACAUCUCAGUGAUAGAUUGAGAUCUGUUAAACAUCAACAAAGACUGGGCCUUACUAUUCUCCGAGAAUGGGACAAAAGCAAAAUACAAGAGCAUGAGAAUACUAGAAUGGGUUUAAGUACGGAUAAAAUUGCAAAAAUUGUCGUGUCACCCAAGAUAAAAAUAUCCAGUUUAUCUAAAGGUUUCACGCGCGGUGAAAAGAAGGCGAACCAUGAAGCCGCGACGAAUAAUAAGAUCAAUGAUGCACUGACAAGGCGCCUCUCCUUUAAAGGGCUUGGUUAUAAAAAUAAUAGUACUAUGCCAGAAAAGAUGAAAAAAAUCCGAGAUGAUUUGGGUAAGGGGAUGGACAAGCCUGCUUCAGCAGAGCCAGAGUUAUUGUUGGCUUCGGAAAGCGCUGGUCAUGCAACAAUAGUAAAAGAAAUCUCCAGUAUCAAUAUAGAUCUUGCUUCCGGGGAAACAAAAGCAAACUCAGAAACUACAGCAAGUGGGUCGCAAGAAAAUGAUAAAAAUUAUACGGUGAAUUAUGAUAGAACUCAGCGGCAAGGUGAUCUUAGCAACCAUGCAUUUAAAAUCACUGGGGUGGCCAAUCUAUUUGGGAAACAGCCAAAUGAGGGACCUACUCAAAAUAUUCAAAAAGAAGUCAAAUCUAGUGUUAAUGUUAGUGCAUUUGUUCAGAACAUUCAUAUUGUCAAUGUUGGUGCUAAUGACCCUGACAAGGUUAGUUUAAAGAAGAAGAUGAUUCCUACUCAUUUUAGUACGAUCAGAAAAAGCUUUGAGGAACCACCUUCUAAUUCAGAACUUACUUUCAGAGUAUAUAAUGUUGUUGAUAGCUGGGAGAAGGAAUACGGCGAGUACAAAUAUUUACAAGCAGAAAAAGAACCAACACACCUAUUGUUGAAUUUCAGGGAGGUGACUGAUACAAUGUAUUUAACGGUGUUGUAUAAUAUUCAUCUAAAGAAAGCAGAAAAAUGUUAUCUUAUAAAAUUGAAUUUUAAAGACUCAAGGUUUUCAAGGAAGUUCAUUAGGGGUGCGAAGGUCUUGAUUGAUGAGUGUGGAAAAGGAGAAGAAGGGCUUAAAUACUUUUUUAAAUGGGCAAUAAUUGUAUAA